CUUUGAUUUCUUUUGUCGGCAGGAAGUCAACUCAUCAGUACUGUCUUUAGAUAGAACGAAGUACAACCUCCUAAUGCUAAUGCUGGCUUGAUCUUUAGUUGUGUAUAAAAAUCAUGUCGACCUUCGACGAGCGAAAGUCGAAAAUUCUGGCGGCGAUCGACAAAUCGCCGAAAGGAAGUUUUGACGCACCUAUCCUGGAUUUGCUGAACUACAUCAACGGUUUGAAGCAUUAUUGCACAACAAGCAGCUGCUCAGGUAGGAUCGCCGUGUUCAAGCACAAUCGAAGAACUGAGAUCGAGAAAAAUGCAAGUACGACUUCGGAGACAGAAAGACAUCGAAGAGCGGAAAACCACGCGGGCAGUGACACCGAUGUAGUAGCAGAUGGUGAGACCACUUCAGAUAAGCUUCGUCAAACGGUGUCUUCUCCUGAGGAUGGGGAGAAUCUGAGCGACCCUGUCGCCGAGUUGGUUACACAGCACCGGACAAGUGCGAAUAAUGCCGACAAGGGUGGAAACUGGGUAUUUGUUGACCACGAACCGGACAAACUUGGCAACACCGAAAAAGUAACGGCCAAGAUUUUGGAAAAUCUAGAGCACUUAGACGAAGACGACCAUGUGGAUUUUCUGUUCGAGAGUUUCGUCCUCCACGUCGAAGCAAGAGACUUACAAUGCGGUCAGAAAUUGUUGUCCCUGGCUUUGCAAACAGGGUACCGAGAAAGUGGAUUGUGCGUCAGCACCAAAAACCGCUGCAUGGUCCAGAUUCGAACC